AUGAGCAGGGGCCCCAGCCACGAGGAACGGAAGCGGGAGACGCCGGCGCGGCUGGGCUCCCAGGAUGGGCUUUGUCUCUCCCCGGGGACUGGAAGGAAACAGGAAGUUGCCAGGGGCAGUUCUGGCGAUGCCCCUCUGCAGGGCGGCCAGCUCUCCCCGGGCCUGGUGCAGCGGGACGUGGCCGGCUGUGAGACAGAGGCGCUGGCCUUCGACCCCGAGCGGAUCCAGAGCUGGCUGGGCCAGGCCUGUGUGGAGCAGGGCAAGCCGGAAGCCACGCAGCCCGGCGAGAGGAGUCGGGCCAGUCCCGGCUCUGAGGACGUGGCCAUCGCCAUGGAGACGGGCGCCAACUCUAAUCCUGCCACCUCCUGUUGCCCCCGGCCCAAGGUGCAGCUCUUGGUUCUCUCAGGUCAGCCUCAGCCGGGCCCCAGGCUCCUGGUUGGAGUGAAGAGGCUGCUGCUGUCGGCCGCUGCGCUGCUUCUGCUCCUCCAGGCCAGCGUCUCCCUCCUCUUCCCAGCUGACACAGCCUGCUCCAAAGCCAACGACUAUGCCCGCUCCUUCCACUUCAUGCUGACCUACGUCAACGGGCCACCUCCUACGUAGGAGUGGGGAGAAGAUGCCAACGGGAGCCCAUGGCUCCCCCAGCGCUGGGGUGGCUCCUAGGAGAGGGGCUGUUUUCCAUGACUCGGGGCUGCCCUGGAGUGGAUUUUCCUCCGGCAUCUGCCAUGGGGAAGGUGACACUGGUUCCUGGCAGGGGUGGCCGACAUGGCACCACAGAGCCCCCAUCUCUGUGAUAACAAAGGGCCCUGCCUCUCCUGCAGCAGAGCAGCCAGGAAAAGCUCUUUGCAAGAGACCCUCUAAUCCAGUGUCCUGUCUCCCAUCUUCCUCCAGCUCUGGAGGAAGGUCCCACCCUUUCAUGGGGACCAGUUAUGCAAGGAACCUUUUGGAUCCCUCCGAGGACUUUGGAAGAAGCGUGAUGAGCCCUGCCAGAGGCUGCCCCGCCCCCAGAGCUGACCCACCUUUCUCGGCUACUGUAGGGCCACAGUGAACUGGUACCAAGCCAUCGCGUGUGCGUCUCUUUGGGGCUGGGGAAACCAGCGCCGAGGGGUGGGAUCACGUUGCCGCGCAGGUUUUGGGUGAAGGACGUGAACUUUACCAUGCAUAACUCAGUCAGGGAGCGCGUCUCAUUGUUAGGGUGAAUAGCUCGAGUCUAAGGCGUGUUUUCUAGCACCAGGGCAGCAUUUCUGACCUGAGAGAUUCUGGGGGGCCGGGUGUUCCUUAGUUCUGAAGCAACCACAAGUCACACAAAGUCACACAAAGUCAACGCUACGAGGCCUUCCACUGGGUCAGAUUCCCAUUGGUACUCAAAGCUCAGCUGCAAUGGAGAAUUUUCCGACCAGACCAAUUUCCUGAGGCCAUCUGCCUGCCGAGGGGCUGGGCUGGCAACACAGGGGCUCCUGGAUCAGAGAGCUGGA